UUUUUUUAAAUGCAAGUGUUAUCCUUGGCUGUCAGCCUUGAGAAGCAAUUUAAGUAUCUGUUUAUGCUGACAAGAGAGAUCCCAGCAGAAAUCUGACAACACCAGACCUCAAACCAGAAAGUGAACUGCUCUUAUUGGCAGAGGCAAUUUGUAUUUGGUUGAAAACUGCCCAGACUUCCUACUCCCCAACCUGAAGAAAAUUACAGAGUCUACCAUGGCCAAGAAAGUUGCAGUGAUUGGAGCUGGUGUGAGUGGCCUGACCUCUAUUAAAUGCUGCUUGGAUGAGGACCUGGAGCCCACCUGCUUUGAAAGAAGUAAUGACAUCGGGGGACUAUGGAAAUAUACUGAAACUUCUGAAGAUGGGAUGACCAGAGUCUACUGGUCAUUAGUGACAAAUGUCUGCAAGGAAAUGUCAUGUUAUAGUGACUUCCCCUUUCAUGAAGAUUAUCCGAAUUUCAUGAUCCACUCAAAAUUUUUGCAAUAUCUGCAAGAAUUUGCUGAACACUUUAACCUCCUGAGAUAUAUUCAUUUUAAGACCACUGUGUGCAGUGUAACAAAGCGUCCAGACUUCUCCACAACUGGCCAGUGGGAGGUUGUCACAGAGACAGAGGGCAAGCAGCAAAGAGCUGUUUUUGAUGCUGUCAUGGUUUGCACUGGAAAAUUCCUGAGUCCCUGUUUACCUCUGAAGUCCUUUCCUGGAAUCCAGAAAUUUAAAGGAAAGGUCCUGCACAGUCAAGAAUACAGAAUUCCAGAAGGCUUUCGGGGCAAACGUGUCUUAGUGAUCGGUCUUGGGAACAGUGGCGGAGACAUAGCAGUAGAGCUGAGUCGAACAACAUCUCAGGUAUUUCUCAGUACUAGAACUGGAGCCUGGGUUAUCAGCCGCUCUUCACCUGGGGGCUAUCCUCUCAAUAUGAUGCUGUCAAGAAGAUACCUCAAUCUUAUUGAACAAGUUGUGCCUUCGUUUAUCCUAAGACGGAUUAAUGAGAAGGCGCUCAAUAAAAGAUUUAACCAUGAGAAUUAUGGAUUGGGUAUUACAAAAGGGAAAAGCCCAAAAUACGUUGUGAAUGAUGAGCUGCCUGCCUGUAUCCUUUGUGGGAUAAUCAAGAUGAAAGCCGGAGUGAAGGAGUUUACAGAAACCUCUGCUAUCUUUGAAGAUGGGACAGUUGAAGAAAACAUUGAUGGUGUGAUCUUCACUACAGGAUAUGUGUUUUCUUUUCCCUUUCUUGAAGAACCUCUCAAAAGCCUGUGUACAAAAAAGAUGUUCCUGUACAAGCAGGUCUUUCCCUCCAACCUGGAGAGAACAACAUUGGCUUUUAUUGGCCUGAUCGGUUUAAAAGGGUCCAUCCUAUCAGGCACCGAGCUCCAAGCACGAUGGGCCACACGAGUUUUCAAAGGGCUCUGUAAGAUACCUCCAUCCCAGAAACUGAUGGCUGAAUUUACUAAAAGGGAGGAGCUCAUUAAAAGGGGUGUGAUAAAAGAUACCAAUGAAGAAAAAUUCAACCACAUUUCCUACCUGGAUGACCUUGCUGCAUGCAUAGGGGCUAAGCCCAACAUCCCACUCCUGUUCCUCAAGGAUCCCAGACUAGCUUGGGAAGUCUUCUUUGGACCGUGCAGUUCUUACCAGUACCGCUUAGUGGGCCCUGGAAAAUGGGAUGGAGCCAGAAACGCCAUCUUCACCCAGUGGGACAGGACUCUGAAGCCUUUAAAAACCCGAAGAGUAUCCGAUUCCUCCAAGCCUUCUUUCUCACACUAUUUAAAAGUUUGGGGUGCACCUCUCUUACUUACCUCUUUUCUGCUUAUCUAUAAAUCCUCACGUGUUUUUAAAUUGGUGAGAGAGGAACUACAGAAUAGAAUUUUCCCUUACCUAGUGCUAUAGUUGAAGUGUCUUUCUCAGAGUUGAUGAGUUGUGGAAUUGGUCUCCAAUGUGAUAGUAUUGGGAGGUAGGGCUUAAUGCGAGGUGAUUGGGACAUGAGGUUCCACCAUCAUGAAUGAUUUAGUGCCAUUUUGGCAGGACUGAGCUAUUCACCCCAAUAAUGGGUUCUUACAAAACGAAGUCUCCCCUCAUUUUGCCUCUUUUGCACUUGCUUAUUUGCUCUUCCACCAUGCUGUGACAGAACACAAGAUCGCCACAGAAACUGUCACCAUAUCUUUGGAUUAUCCUGUCUGUAGCAUAAUGAGCCAAAUAAAAUUCUUUAUACCUUA